AUGCUAUAAAGCAUUGUAGGUCUCACCACCAUUUUAUAAAUUUUUUCCUUAAAAUUGAGGAGUACUUUUCUAUCACACAAUAGACUCAAGGCAUUCCUCUACUUCAACCAUCCAACUUGAAUUCAUGUGGAGUGUCCGUAUCAUCAUUGUGUGUUCUCCGUGUCCGUCGUGUGGUCAGUCUCCAGCGUCCUCCGGCUGAACGGCGCACCUUCGUGCUCCUUCUCCAUUCCUACUGGAGAAAUCCUGCCCUUGCCUCUGCCAGACCUGCCAUUCGAUCUCUCACCAUUCGCAUGGGCCUCCCAUUAAGUGCAGACGCUCGGCGGCAAUGGACAAAAAUGUUCCAUUUUUGAAUUUCCAGUUGCAAACAAAAUGGUACUGAGUGCCUCUUUUUCCAUGCCUAGCCUUGCAAAAGGAAAUUGGUGGUACUAAGUAGGAAAAUGAGAUUGAGAAGUUGCAAAUCAGCUCGUUUUCCUUACAAAGGUAAGUGGCAGGAAAGCUUUAGUGAGUUGUUAGCAAUGGAAACUUUUAAGAGGAAAGUGGCAGAGUUGCAAGACAGAACAACAAACGUCUUCUCUAUUCUCCUAAAUUGCUUCAAAAAAUAUGAGAUAAACCCAACCCCCUCUGCAUACUCCUUUGUCAUUAAGCAUGUGUCACAUAGAUGUCUCUUUUCCCAAAUCCCUGCGAUUCUAGACCAUCUUGAGCAGGAAGAGACUCUCGAAGUCCCAGAAAGAAUCUUUCUUGGUCUUAUUCAAGUAUAUGGGAAAGCAAACAAGCUUCAAGAUGCUAUAAACAUUUUCUAUAGGAUUCCUAAAUUCAGAUGCACACCUUCUGUUCAUUCCUUGAACUCUUUACUCUAUCUUCUGUGUAAGAAAAAGGAAAGCCUUCUUUUGGUUCAAGAUGUCUUGAUGAAGACUCCAGAGAUGAAAAUUCGAUUAGAGGCCUCCACAUUUCAUAUACUAAUCAGAGCUCUUUGCAGGAAUGGCAAAGUUGGUUCUGCAUUGGAGCUCUUAAAGAUGAUGCAGCUUGAAGAGUACAAUCCUGAAGCCAAAAUAUACUCCAUGGUUCUUUCCUCACUCUGCAGGCAUGGUGGUGUCACAGAGGUACUUAGUUUUUUAGAGGACAUGAAAAGCGCCGGGCACUUGCCGACCGCACUGGAGUAUAACAGUGUGAUAGAUGUUCUUGUCAAGGAAGGUAAAGUAAAUCAUGCCCAUUCUCUUUUGGAAGAGUUGAAAUCAGAGGGAAGGAGGCCUCAUGUUUUGAGCUAUAACAGUGUUCUCCAUGGUUUUUGCUUGGCAAAUGACUUUCAGAAUGUUGAGGAGCUGUUUGAUGAAAUGCUUGUUAUGGGACUUCUUCCCAACAUUUUCACCUUUAAUAUUUAUAUAAGUAGUCUUUCUCAACAAGGUAAAUUUGAAAGAGCGUAUAGAAUGAUAAGUUGUAUGGAUAAAAUAGGAUGCAAGCCAGACACACAAACUUUCAACAUUCUCCUUGCAGGGUAUGGUAAAGCAGGUGAAAAGGAGAAAAUCAUAGGUGUGAAGAAAGAGAUGGUUGAAAAGAGAAUCCAAUGGAAUUCAAAUACUUAUAGCAUUUUGAUUGAGGGGCUCAUUCAUAACUGUGAAACAAUAGAAGCUUAUGGGCUAUUCAAGGAAAUGUUGGGCAAUGGAUUUGUACCUCAGCCUUCAACUUGUAACGCUUUGGUUUGCAGCUUGUGUGAAAUGGGCAAACACACUGAAGCUCUGCGAGUUCUAGAAGAAGUAAUGAGCAAGCCUAUUUUUCCUGAUGCUGUGGUUUGGGAAGCACUGCUUCAAUUCAUGCUGGAUUUUCGAAGAAAGCCAGUUGAUUUUGAGGCUAUUAUAGGGGAUUCUUAACCUUCUUUCUGCUGUUUUUUAAGUGAUUUAUUCUUUAUAACAUGCAGUUUCCUUGUUUU